GGUCAAAGGUCAUUUAAUGUCAAUGAACUUUGGUCAUUUUGGAGGUUAUUAUUAGAUUGCUUAAUUAUAAUGUUCAAAGCUUAUAGAUAUAGUUUAUAAAGUGUGGAUGUAGGGGUACUAUCAAGUAUCACUGACAAGUCUUCGGCCGUGUUUAUGCUUCCAAUUUUCAGGCCAGAAUCUUCAUAAACUAUUUGGUCGAUGCAUAUUGAGGACCUGGCGCUGGUUUUGAGCUGAUAAAAGCAGCACCAAAAUAGGUUGGGCCUGGCACGGGCUAUUUUGCCAGGCCGAGACUGUUUGGUUCAUAAUUUUAGCCUGGGUCUGACCCAGUCCAGACCAGCAAGUCACUUUAAGAGACAUUAGUCUAUUGCCAUUACCUUUUUAAGAUUAAUGAACUGUGACUUUGAAAAUUUGCAUUCCUAAAAACCAUUGAAAUGAAGUCCUUGUUGUGAGUACAUGUAUGGACCAUGGUGCCAUCCAGCUACUGAUGAAGCGAGCUCCCAGAGGGAAUUAUUGUAGUUGAUUGAGACUGAAUUGCAGGCUCUUUUAUCGAGAAUACCUAUUGGACUGCCAUUCAAGGGGAAGCCAAGUGGAAGCACUGUGUUGUAGCUGUAGAUGUUCUGACUCUCGCCUUGUAAUCAGAGGGUCAUGUGUUCGAAUCCCACCAUGGCCUAGCGUCCUUUGGCAAGGCAUCAAUCCACACUUUGCCAAUCUCACCAAGGAGCUAAUUUGGGUACCAGUAGGAAACAACUUUCAUUGUGGUUGGUUUAGCAAGUGUGCGCUUAACAGGCUGCUUGAAAAGCUAUGAAUCGAGUGACCAGGGGGCUGAGCGUGUGAUAUUCAUGAACAUCAAGUAAAGAUCGCUAUGGAAACAUGUCGUCCACAUGGGAGAACUGGAAGCACCACAGGCACAAAUGUAAAGAAGGAGUCAAGUGAUUUCCAUGGUAACACCAUCAGCAAUGGCAGAUACCGUAUUGGUAGUAGUGCAGAUGAGGAACAGAGAACUGGGGAAACACUUGAGGAAUACCUUGAGAGGGUGGAAACAUUGAAUGGUAAUAACUGUCACAGUAGCUCCAGGUCUACAUUCCGUAGUGGUUCAGAAAUGACCAGUGAUUCUGAUUUCAUUGAAGAGAGACGCAACUCUGCUCAGUCCGAUACCGAUGUCUUCUUUCCAUCUACCGAGCCGGAAAUCGAUGAACAGAAACGCAUCCUAGACCAGAAGAGACGGGAGCUGCCACCCAGCCACCGUUCAUGGAAACGCGUUGCAGAUUAUGUCAACGGUCUCCCAAUCAUUCCAGAGCCACCGAUACAGGGAGAGGUUCAGAACAAGAACAUCGGACAGGCAAAGAGGCAACGGAUCUGGUCUGAGGUUUAUGACAGACGGAGAGAUUUCACUCAGUCUGGGAGUCUUAGCUUUGCAGAGGGGAUGACAUCACAGAAACAUAUCACAAGCACUUCAAGUUCUAAUUUGUCCAUGCUGUCCAGCCUCUCCAGUCUUUCUGGAAGCCUUGCAUGGUUCGAAUCAGGGGACGAUGCUGAUAAGACAUUGUUGCCACUACCUGAAAAACAGUCCUCACACCCCCUGACACAGCAGCGACAACACUCCACACAACCAACAUUUCCUGCAGAACAGAAUCAAGAAGCAAUUUCAAUGAAAUAUGGCUGGAAUGAGAAUAACAGAACUCUGCAUGCAGUUAAACUUCCACUAAAACCAAAGGGGCUGGUCAAAGAGAAAGCCUUUCAUGGAUCCUCAUCUGUUUCACCUUCUCAAGAUGGAAGGAGUUCACCAACAGAGGGCUCUCUUCAGAUGCAAGAUAAACUUCCGAUUCCAAACAAAGAUAAGCCGCUUCAUCGUCGUAUGACAAACAGUGAUCUGAUUGCCCUAGCUACUCAGCAUCGUCAGCAGCAGCACACUACCCAUCGGCGGCGCCAGAAUCUUUUACAGAUGGGGAUGAGUAAUGUUUCAGAUUCAUCUGAUACUGAUACAAGUGGACACUCUUAUUCUAGUAUUGAUGACUUGCUGAUUGCCAGACAUGACCCAGAAGAGAUUCUUCUUAACCUUGGCUUUGGUGGAUCACCUGACAAGGAUGCUGUGGAUCGCAUCCCUUCCAGGUUUCUCCAAACACAGUCUCAAGCUAAGGGUAUCUCAACUGAUCACUACCUCUAUCAGAUGGAUGAAUUAGAAAGAGGAUGUGGAUUUAGUCUUGUUGGUGGUCUUAGAAGCUUGGGUCCUGCCCUUCGUAGAUCAUCUAGAAUGUCUACCUCUCCAAUAAUCGGUCGUGAACCUACACCUCCAAACGUUAACAGCACACCUGUCAACGUCAUUGUAGAACCACAACAUGAACAGAAAGAAACUCAACAGAACAAACCGCCAAGGAAAGAACCAUGCAAAGAGCUUCCUGAUGAUGACUUGAACCACAAUGUUGAAACAGUACAAACGCAAAAAGAGGUCAAAUAUGAAAUGGGUCACAAGAUCAAAGGUCAUCAUAAGCUGGUUGAGCAAAGCAAUGUUGAUGACAUUGAAUUGACUCCUAUAGGAGAGUCAUCUCCAGUUGGUCAUAAAACAGUUCAUGGUAAAUCUCAAAGGACAGAGGUCACAUCAGUCUCAACUGCACCAUCUACAGGACAGGAGAAAGAGAACAUGAAUGUCUUAAAGAACCAAAGGAAUAACCUUCCCUGUCGACUUGGAUCCAAAAUUCAAAGUGGAUGUUCUAACCUUGGCAGGAGACCGCAGAGAGAGGUAGAUAUUGAGCCUAAUGAGAAGUGUAGUGUUAUGAAGGAGAUCAACCAGGAGAAAGGAUUGGCUUUACAACCAAGGAUAGCACAACUCAGUAACACCCAUCCUGGAACAGUCACUGGUCAGGGUCUACACUCAAGAGAAGACUCAUUUGAGUUUGAAGAGCUUUCCAGUGAGGAGAGAUUGGAAGAUAACACUGGUAUGAAUCAUACUGCAGAAGCUAGUUUGAAUAACCAAGGUAAUUUGAUCCGCAGUGAUAGCACACAGUCAGAUAGCAGUGGCUUUGCAGAUGAAAAUACAGGAAGCAAUGAGACAGAAUCACCCAAAAGCACUUCUGGUAACUCUACCAUUACCUCUGAUUCAAAGAUCACCCAGACAAGUUUUGAUGCUGAUAUAGAGCCCUUGGACUCUAGUCAAUUCCAGAGACUACAUUAUAACUCUGUUGCAACUUCAGAUAAGAAUGCAGAACUUACAAUAAGUCAAGAAUCAAUGCAAAGUCUUCCAUCUGUGACCUCAUUGGAUGAUUCCCCAUUUGAUGAUGCGAUAGUGGUGACUGAAUUACUUAAGAGUGACACACAACGUACAAGAUAUCGCACAUACCCUGCAGCACAGGAUAGAAGGGUAGAGGAGUCAGGACCCAAAACAGUUGUUGAGAUAUUGUCUUCCCUUCACACAACCUCAAAAGAACUUGAUAAAGAAAGCAACCAAGGUCCCUCCGAGUCAACCAGACGUAAGCAUCCCAAAUUGAUGAAAAUGAAAAGUGUGGAUCCAGAAGGGUAUGGCUUUAAGCGUAAUGCUGAAAGUAAAGGGGUACAAACACAGGUGGAAUCAAGUCUGAAAGUGUCACAUAAACAAAUCUAUGAGGUUCUACAUGAAGUUGAUGAAGAGCUUCUCAGUCAAGAUGGGUUGACUGAUGAUGGUCAUGGAACCAAGGAAGGUAGACCUGUGCAAUCUGUUACAAAGUUUUCCAUUCCUGAUGAACAAUGCAAGGAACAUGUGACUGAAGAAAGUAAUGCUGCCCUUGAGACAAAUGUUGAAGAUGUGUGUGAAGGGUCUGAUGCUGCACCCAUUGAAUCCAAUGUCAUUCCAUCCUACAGAAGCCAUGAGGCAUGUCAACGUCUUUCUAUUACAACAUCCCAUUCCACAGAGUCAGUCUCAGUAAAGUCAAAACAUUCUGAUUAUGAACACCAAGUGAGUUGUGAUGAAGUCAAACUUAAUCCUGCAAUACCAGAUGUAAGUGACUCAAACAAUGUGCAGCUUAGUAGUCGAGUAUCCAACAAAUUUUUAUCAGAGAAUCUAUCUACAUGUAUAAAAGAUGAUAUAUCUAAUGAUGAACUUUCUUGUAAUAAUGGAAACAUUGGUGAUGGUGAGAGAAGUGGAAGGAGGGUAGAACAGACUCUCUCUGAAAUCAAUCAAUGUGAAUUCAGUAGUCAGACAUCUAGUACAGUGACAGAUGAUGCAGAUGUGUCUUUCAUCAAGUGCCAAUGGGACAAGAAAGUGCCAUUUAGUGCAUACAGCUCAAGUGAAUUUGAUGUGGAACAUUGUGAUGUUCCUAGGGAUGUAGAUUUUAGUGAGAACAGUAUUCUUGAUCAGCAAGAAGUUGAAGAGAAAGAAAAUCUAGUCGUCGAUGUUGAGACGUUAAUAACCGUAAGACAUGUGGAGACAUCAGGUAUAUGUGUAACUGCUUCAAAUGAAUGUGGGCACAACAAUGCCGACUCAGGGGAGACUGAACAAUCUGUCACAACUCAGGAUACUGCAUUGAAUGAUGCCACACUGCCAGCAGGAUCAAUUGAGGUAUCUUCAGCAUUACCAGGGUCCUUACCUGACACUGAAAAAUUGUCUUCUACAGCUCAGACCACUGCUUCUAUAGAUGUGUCAUCUGUCCAAGUUGCAUUGUCUAGUAGUAGAUCGGCCAUAGAUGAGGUUCAACCUUCGGAGGUCACAGAAUGUGCUUCAGAUAUCCCUAUAGAUCCUGAACAGUUGUUAAAGGAAGUAGCUUCCCAGCCACUCCUGGAUAAUGUUAUAGACACAAGAAUUGAGAUUAUCAACAAAGAAGAACACUCUAAGGCGAGAGAAGAACUUAAAGCACUUCUUGCAUCUCAGGAUCACCCUUUGUUAUCAUCAUCAGUGCCAUUAAAAUCAGCCAAUCAUAGUGAAGCUGUGGAGGAUCUCAAACUCCUACAGAGGGCAUUAGGCAGGUAUCAUCAGGAUCUAGAAGAACUGGAAUUGUGGUCCUCUAAACUUUUUCAAGAUGUUGGAUUUGCUUUAAGCCCAGAAGAGAGAUCUGACUUACACAGCUUGUCUAAAGUUCGUCACAAGAUCAAGGAUGAGAUUCAAAGUCUUCAAACAAAUCUAAUGGAGAAAUUUCAGGCAGUGAUAUCCAUGGACAUGGAGGAGUGUGAAAAGGAGUCUUUAUGGUCACCUAGCCUGUCUCAUGUCAUGUGUCAGAUGGUAGAUCUACUCAAAGAGCAAACAUCAUUGCGUACCUUCUUAGAUGAUCUUCAGGCCUUGGAGAACAGUAGCUCACCUACGCCUUCCUGGUCAGGGCAAUCAUCCAAACCCAGGAAUCGCCUGGUUGAUGCUACCUUUGGAGGUUCAGUGGAUGAUGAUGGGAAUCAGUCUGAAGGAGAGACUGAUGAAGCUACAUCUGAUCUAUCAUACCCUGGUACCAUGAGCCAGGGGGAGUUGAUUGAAGAACUGCAUAAAGCACAAAGUGCCUUGAAGAAGAUGAAAUUCCAAGCCAAACAGGAUGUUGUCAUGGCAGUCAGAGAGGUGAGACAGUCUAUCCUGUCUGAAGUGAGGAGGGAAAUUCAUAUGGAAUCCCAGUUGUUGCAAGUUCAGAUGCAGGCUAAAGACAUGGAGAUAGAAAACCUGAGAUCGAUGGUCAGAGAACUGAAGGAAACAAGUAUGACCAUGUCAGGCUUUGAGACAGUCUUCCACCAAAUGGCUAGAGAUAAAGAAAGUUGAAACUGAUUUCAUUACCAGCAAGAAGAAAAGACCAGUUCCUGUAUUCCCAGUCUAAAUACAUCAAUGGAGACGUGGGAGAAUGAACUGGAAUUGAUCUCCAGAGAGGUACAAUGUAGCUACUGUCCUUGAGAUGUCCUUGGAAUGUCUUCCACCAACUGACAGAGUGCAGGAAAAGCUUCAGUACUCAGAUUUCAUUUGAUCUUGAGAGAGAGAGGUCAGUGGGGGAUGUGACCUUAUCCAGUGGGGAGGUGUCAAUGACAAUGGGAUGAUGAUUAAGCUCUAAUUUGAUGAAUAAGAAGAUACACUUACCAGAAGAAAAGUUCUAAGACUGAAUUAAUGAUGGCUAAUAGACAUAAUUAUUUCAAUGUAAAAUUGAAAGUUAAUAGAAGAUAAAAUCAAUAUUUGUCUGUUGAGGAAUGUAUGAUUUGAGUUCAGAUGUUUUAAAAUAUCUUCUGCUUAUCUUUAAACCUAAAAUGGGCUGGCAUCUAAAUAAGCUGCUUUGAGAUUUUUAAAUUUUCAUAUUACAGCUUUGCUGAAAAUGUAAAUGUAGCCUCAAAUUAGUUCUCUUUUAGGUUUACACAUAAAGAUCUGUAGUCAGGAUUUAAUACUUCCAUUAUUCAGAAGAGUAUGAGUUCUUUAUAAGUUUGUGUUAUUUCGUGACUCUUUUGAACAUGAGGUUAUUCAUGACUUUUCAAAUGACUGGAAUAUUAAAUGGUAAAGGGAUGCCAAAAGUUCUACUUGAAUGUCAUACAAAGUGUGGUCAAAUAUUUCUUAUAAUGUGAAUGAAAGGUAGUAACUUUGUCUCAAAUUCAAAACCCAAGUCAAUGAUUUAGCUGGCAAUUCAAUUGUAGUCCUUAAGGUCAGACAGCAAAGGACAUAGCUUUAAGAUAUCAAUGAUUCCAUGGUAAGGGUACUUCCUUUCUGUCAAAGGUUCCUCCCAGCAGUUAUGGUGUCUGUGUUUCACAUGCUUUUGUGCAGGGCCACCCACAUUGUGUUAGCCUUAUCUUCAUAUUUCAACUCUUGCUGAUACAAGUAAUUUACAAUGUGGAAUCGCAUAUUUCUUUUUAUAUUCUGGUCAUUCGUAAGUCAUCCAUUAAUAUUUCAUCAAUGUUUUAAGAAAGUUGUUUUAUAGCUGACUAAACAGUAAAGAUUGGGCAAGAUUGUGUGCUACUCAACUCACAUAAGAAUUAUACUCAACUUUUUAUUGCAAGAUGCGUUUAUGGCUUGUGGUGCAAAAUUUAAUGGUGCUGUUUGAAUACUUUUUAAUUUAUUACUUUGCCGUUUGCAACUAGAUGUCAAAUUUCCAUAACAAAUGAUAAAGUGAUGGCAGUUUAAUGUGUACACAUUUAUAUUAAUCUGAUAUUCUACAUGGCCAGUGUAUUUGUCUUUAAUGAGCAUUGUUUACCCACUUCCAUGAUUAUAUUAUGGCUCAAGAAUAAAGCAAGAAGAGAUUCAUUGUGCAGUAGCUGCCAUUUCAUUGAAAUAUUAUGAAUGAUAAUUAUGCAAAAAUUUUAUAAAGGAACAAUUAGAUUUACAUGACUAAACAUGUUAUGCAAAGAUUAUACAAAUUAUAUACAUAUAUAGUUUCUUUUCCUAAUUGAAUUGGAUCUUGUCUGAACAGAAUUGUGGUGUAUGGAAGUUUGCAUUUAGUUAUUUGAUGUGAAAAUUUAGUGAGCACUAUUGAGUAGCUAUACACAAUACAUGCUUUGAUGAUGGGAUUUCCUUUUAGUUUUGUUUUUGACCAUAUUCAAACUGGUCUUUUGAUCAUAUCUUGCUCAGAGUGUUAUAUUUAAGGCCUCAUCACAAUAUAACAUAUCACAGUGCAAAUGUUUAGCUGAGUUUUGUUCCACGAAAUGACACACAGUCAUUUGACAUUCCCUGGUCAUUAAGUUUGUUUGCUCAGCUUUUGCUAGAUGUCUGCUUUCUAUACUCUUCUAUUCAUUGCUUAUAUUAUGUAGUCACCAUCUAUAGGCUCAUCAUUUGCUAUGUCCAUGUUUAUAAGAUAUGAAGUAAGCCCAGAGCAUAUUUUGAAACUUGCACAAUAAGAUGAAUGUUAAGCAUGCAUUCAUUUGCUGGAUACUCAUAAUUGAACAGGGCCUUAACCAUGAAGCAAUCGUUUCAUCAAUUUUGUUUUUGUUUCUCUUAUUUACUGCUAAAUUUGGUUUUUACAGCUUUUUCAUUUUAUCGAAUGCAGUCUUUACAAUUUAUAGUGUAUGGCAUUUUCUAUCAUUUGCCUGAACAUGUAUUUAUCAUGGCUGAAUCAAUUAUUCUUAUGAAAACGUAAAAAAAGUUAAUUUUUCAUGAAUUUAUAUUUGGUCACUCAUGAGAUUUGAAUAAAUUUAAAAUAAUGAAAUAUUUAAAGUUGUUAGUGCCUUGUAAGAUAAGAUAAAGUAUUAUGUCUAUAAUUGAAUUGAACUAACCUCAGGCUGGUCCUGUUUAAUUUUUUUUAUAUUACAUAAAUGUAUAUCAUUUCAGUAGUUGUAGUUUUGUGUUUGUUUUUGUUUCAUUUACGUUUAAUUUCCAUAUCAAAUUGCAUGAAAAUAAAAACAGAUUACAUGGUACGCAAUGUACACACACAUUUGAAUAUCUACAGUGAAUAAAUAUGACCUAGCCAGUAAGAUAAAUACAUGUAUUUUAGGAGGGUUAAUACAGGUAUUUUUAACAGGUUAGCUUUUGUGAGGAAACUAAAAGCCUUUUGAUCAGAGAGAGGGUCAUGAUUUCAAAUUCUACUCCAGGAGUUAAAAAAAAAUUUAAACAAGAAAAUGAUCCGUUCUGGCUUCACUCAACCCAGGUGAGGUGAAUGGAUACCCAAAGGGAUUUAUUCCUUGAAUGCUUUAACACCUAUUUACAGUGAGCCAGGGUAAUAAUAUCAUACCAAGUAUGUAGUGAAGUAGGUAACUGCACUAUUACAAUCAAUGGACAUAUUAUUAUAAAUUAGGUUUGAGUUAAGGUAUGUUUCUGUGUUAUAAUGAAACAAAAAAAAAUAUUAAUGAUUGUAUUGAAUUUGGAGAAGCAUGUCUUUUUUUUUUUUAUUUAAUCUGUGUGACUUGUGUUAUGAAGAAAAGAGAGUAAUACACUUAUAUUCAGUGUAUACUAUAGACCUUUAUGGUUUCUGCAAGUGGUUGUCUCGAAGACAAAUAAGUUUCCCCAUCAAUAAAAUUAUUGUAUUUUUACAGAUUAUGGCAGAGAUAUAUAAAUCUGGUUACCAUCUUGGAGUAUAUGUAUUGGUAUUUUUAUGACACUGUUUCAAAACAUUUCUUUCUUAUGUUUCAUGUAGGGCUUAUUUUUCAUAGGAACUACAAUUAAUUACAUCUUGUAGAUUCUAGUUCCCCCUUUUUUUUCUUUCUUUUCUUUGUUUCAUUGAAUCAGUGCCUCAGCCCUCUACUAAUUCAAGCCACGUAGUAUGUAUGAGGUAUUCUCACUACUGGGUCGAUGAUGGGAAUAUUUGAAGAAAGUUAUACCUGUUUUUAUUAAUUCUGUUGGUUUAACAUGAAUAGCAAUCUCUGUGAAAUGUGUCUUUCUCAUCCUGCCUUUGGAAUUAUUAGCUGCUUGUCCAUUCAUAAAUGUAUUUAAGAAAUUUCUUGCAUUCCUAAUAUGAUUAUGUGUUAUAAUAUACAAGUAGUAAAUAUUCAUGUAUGUCUCACAUAUAUAGACAGAAGGAUAUAAUAGUGAUAACUAAUAUUCAGUGUAUGAUUGUAUAUUGUUACUGAUGUAUUUCAUGCAUAUAUAUUUCUAUUUCUAUAUGGGAUAUUUUAUGGACAAUGUAAUAUUAUAUACACCACAGCUAUAUGGAAUAUUAAGAAUUUAACAAAUUAUUUUCCUCCUAAGAAUUUUUGAUUUACUGAUAUUUCUGUGCUUUACAUCAUGAAAUAAGAACUGCCAUAUCGCAGUAUAUAUUUUUACAGAAAAGCUAUAUUUGUACUAAAAGUAAGAUAUUGGUAUUUGUACUUUUAUUGCUGAUUUUUAUGAUGUUUUCUCUUUUCUCGACAUUGAAAUUUACUGUAAUAAAGGGAAAUAAAAGAAUCCUUGUUCAUUA